AUGAUUACUUCACCCUCUCCAGAAACAAGAAAACUAAAUUACGGUUUUCCAGUUCUUGUGACUCCAGAAACAAUAAAACUAAUUUAUGGUUCUCCAGUUCUUGUGACUCCGGAAACAACAAAACCAAUUAACAGUUUGGCAGUUCUUGUUACUCCGGAAACAAGAAAACUAGUUUACGGUUCGCCAGUUCUUGUGACUCCGCAAACAAGAAAAAGAAUUUACGGUUCUCCAGUUCUUGUGACUCCGGAAACAAGAAAACUAAUUUAUGGUUCUCCAGUUCUUUUGACUCCGAAAACAACAAAACCAAUUAACAGUUUGCCAGUUCUUGUUACUCCGAAAACAAGAAAACCAGUUUAUGGUUCUCCAGUUCAUGUGACUCCAGAAAUAAAAAAAAACUAG